CUAUGUAGAAAGGAGCGACGUAAUGAAGUUUAUAGGCAUGUGGAUAUUAUGUCUUUUCAUCGGCAAGGACCGUGUGCGAGGAAAUGAUGAUCAGUGCCAAGGAAAAUGCAAUGAACCUCAAAUAUCCAACGGCAACGGUACGUUAUUGCUCGUCCCCGAAUCUACCAUUGUGGACCACGAAUACGAUGAGUACGAUUACGAACACUUCGACUACGGCGGUGUCCCUAAUUACGACAGCGGCACAGUCAUGUCUGUCCAAUGUAUUGAUAGCUACUGGUUUAAAGGGACCAAUCAGAGAGUGGGUUCCAUACGAUGCGGCUGCCAAGGUCGUUGGGAUCCAGGAGUGAACGAGGCUUGUGUCGUGGCGAAAUGUGAACCGACACCCCAAUUCGGAGGAGUGUUGAAAACUUCUUCCUCCUGUUUCGCGAUUAGCGCGGACCUAACGGCCCCUGUUGCAGCGAAUAACUCGGCAUGCCUCCAUUGCUUGCCCGGAUUCAAGAUUGCCCACCAAGAGGGGCUGAAAGACUCCAUAGAGGUGCAGUGCGGGACCAAUGGUAAAUGGAACAUACCGGCGCAGUGCGAGAACCAGAUCGCUUGCACAAGGCCCCUGCCCUCCGAACGAACCAACACCUACAGCAAAAUCAAGGAUAAUUUCGAUGCCACACUGCAGAUGGAAUUUGAAUGCAUAAGACCUGAUGUUAUGGUAAUGUACGGUGACCCUGUGGUAAAAUGCUUUGCUGGGCAUUGGAGUGUUGAUCCGUUGCCAGUAUGCAGGCAUAAAUACUCCUGCCUCCUGGACAUACAACACGGUCACGUUGAGAAAAGUUCUGCCUCUACCCCCACCCACGGGCCGUGGGCCCGACACAGAGACAGUGGUAAGGUCACAUGUGACCAAGGCUACGAGUCCAUAACUGAUGACGACACAAUAACAUGCAACAAGGGAAAAUGGCAACCUGCACCUCAUUGCUUGCAAUCAGGUCAAAUUUGGAAAUGUGAAACUCCUCCCCUUCGAAACGGCACCGUGACUCUCUCCCACAAAAAAACCUUCCCAGGUGCCGUGGCAAGCCACACCUGUGCGGCAGGAUACACGCUGAAAGGUGCAGCGAACCGGACGUGUCUAUCUAACGGAGUUUGGGACGGGGCAGAGGUAUCUUGUGUCAUUAAAGCAACGUGCAACAAGCCACCAGCCAUAUCUCAUGCCCGGCACCCACCGGAUAAAGCCUACUACCACGGUGAGAAAUACAGAUACACUUGUCAUUCUGGGUACGAGAGGAGAAGAGGCGGGUCGUACUACCAAUGUAACGCGAGACGCAAUAGGUGGGAAGCCCUAAGCUAUGAUACAAGGCUCAUGAGAUGCGAACCCGUAAAUUGUGGAGAUCCAGCUAUCAUCCCUAAUGCUGAUUCGCACCUGGUUGGCGGUAGAAUCACAAGCUUUGGGGCAGAAGUUAGGUACCAGUGCAAGACUGGCUACAAGAAAACGAGGGGAAUACUUAUGUCGAGAGUAUGCCAGGCGAACGCAACAUGGACUAUCAUCGGUCUUCGGUGUGACAUUGCAACGUGUCCCCCACUGACCAAUCCGCCGAAUGGAAAUGUCCAGAUUCGACGCGGCAAAAGCAACCGUUUUGAAUACGGGUCGGAAUACAAGUACACCUGCGACUCUAGAAGAGGGUACAGGCUGGAAGGGAAACAGAUCGAUGACGAAACCUUCACUUCGUGUACCCAAUACGGGAACUGGACUUAUGCGCCGAGCAAGAUAGCCUGUGAACUUGUGGAUUGCUAUGAUCCUGGACACAUCUUCAAUGGUUACCUCCAAGCUGGUCUCACCACGUACUCGUCACAAAGACGGUUUGGGUGCAAUGAUUUCACUACCAUGGAUCCAGUCAUUAAUCCUAGAGGGGCCUACAUCCUCUGUCAGAAAGAUGGUCGAUGGUCUAAUUCACUUCCUAAAUGUUGGGCCAAAUGUCGAGUACCAAGCCUUGGAAAUGGAAAUUACCAAACCAAAUGGGGAAGAUCGUUUUCCUCAAGUGCUUUGGAACACGAGAAUAGCGUAAAACUCCAAUGUCGCCGGGAUUACACAACCGAUAUUCGCUACCCCAGUCGUUCGACGAAAACAUUGCAGUGCGACAAUGGGACACUCACCCAGGGAAGUUGUACAGAGAAGCCAUGCGACAAGCUUUCCGAAACAGACGAGAACCUGUUAGAUGUUACCUAUUCCACUGAUAUCAUCGAUGUCGGGACGUCCAAAUACUACACGCACGGAACCACCGCAGAUAUCACUUGUUUGGAUACACAUGAGACGGCGAACAGAGGGAGCACUUUAAGGUUGACCUGCAACAAACGACGCUGGAACAAACGAACUCGCAUAUGCGAGCCAAAGGACUGUUUUAUUCCUGCCAGUGUUUCAAGCGACCUGAGUCUUUACACGACCCACUGGCAGCGCAGGACGCAUUACUCUCCCAUGAAUUAUGUCACGCACGACACUAUCGUUACCAUUAGCUGUUCUGCAUCAAAGACAGUGUUCAACAGUACUAUGGAAAGAAAUGCACUCACCACCAGAUGCAAGUUUGGAAAAUGGGAGAACAAAGUAGUUUUUGAUGAGACAUGCGUCCCAAACCCAUGCUACAAGCUUAAUGAGAACAGACUGUUCGUGGACUCCGUGCACUAUUCAAAACCCAUUGUUUCGUUAGGAUGGAGGGAAGAAUAUGUCCGUCAUGAAAGCAACGUCUCCUUCACGUGCAAACCGAAUUAUGAAGUAUCUGAAAAUGAACCCAGUGGCUGGGUGAAAUGUGACACCGGAAAGUACAGGCCGGGGAAUGUCCCUCAGCCUCAAGUAUGCCAAGAGAAGGGCUGUAGAGUGCCGAGCCAUGCAGACAGAAGACAUGUCAUCAAUAACAUUCUGUAUCACCCGUUCGACCAGUAUUUCAAUCAUAGGGCAUCAAUCAAUAUUGCAUGUGAGGAUGGUUUCGUGCUGAACUCGUCGAAGACCAAUCCACCAAUUACCACACAGUGUAAUUUCGGAAUAUGGACGCUUCCAGGAGCGUUUCGUGAGCAAUGCGUUGAAGCCCCCUGUGCAUUAUCAAAAUGGCAGAAAGAUGGAGUGGCGGUUACCAACGCUCAUGAUACAAUCAGAAUAGACGCCAGAGAAUAUGUGGCGCAUGGGAAUGAAAUUGAUGUUGGUUGCAGAGGGACGCACUACCUGGCUCGACGGAGACAUUAUUCGGGACGUUAUGGUUAUUAUUUUGGACCGACUGGUACAUCAACAAUCCGUGUUACCUGUCAAAAAGGGGCAUGGGAUCCAACAGAAACGGUGAUAUCAUGCAAGCCAAGAGAAUGUCGCUUACCGACAGACUACAACCAAGAGCUGUCGUUCAGUCCCCAAUCAGCUUCCAUCGCACACGAUGCUAUAGUUUACGUGUCUUGCCCAAGAAGACAGGUGUUCAACUUGACCAUGAACAGAAAUUCGUUGACCACCAAGUGCAAGUAUGGUAAUUGGUCUGACGUGACUGUUUUUGGGAAGAAAUGCGAACAAGCACCAUGUGAUAAACUAGACGAAGCUUUCCACAGUUUGGAGUCGGUGACCUAUUCACCACCAGUCCUAUACAUACCUCCGAAUGAAUAUGUUCGCGAUGGAACAAAUGCCACUUUCUCAUGUAAACCGAAGUACGAAGUCUCUGAGAAUACAUUCGAUGGUCGGCGUCGAUGUGAUAACGGCAAUUAUAAUGGCCUUUCCCAUUCUCCAAUCUGUAAAGAAAAGGGCUGUAGAGUGCCGAGCCAUGCAGACAGAAGACAUGUCAUCAAUAACAUUCUGUAUCACCCGUUCGACCGGUAUUUCAAUCAUAGGGCAUCAAUCAAUAUUGCAUGUGAGGAUGGUUUCGUGCUGAACUCGUCGAAGACCAAUCCACCAAUUACCACACAGUGUAAUUUCGGAAUAUGGACGUUUCCAGGAGCGUUUCGUGAGCAAUGCGUUGAAGCCCCCUGUGCAUUAUCAAAAUGGCAGAAAGAUGGAGUGGCGGUUACCAACGCUCAUGAUACAAUCAGAAUAGACGCCAGAGAAUAUGUGGCGCAUGGGAGUGAAAUUGAUGUUGGUUGCAGAGGGACGCACUAUCUGGCUCGAUGGAGAUAUUCUGUGGGGCGUUAUGCUUAUUCUUUUGAAGCGACUGGUACAUCAACAAUCCGUGUAACCUGUCAAAAAGGGGCAUGGGAGCCAACAGAAACGGUGAUAUCAUGCAAGCCAAGAGAAUGUCGCUUACCGACAGGCUACAACCAAGAGCUGUCGUUCAGUCCCCAAUCAGCUUUCAUCGCACACGAUGCUAUAGUUUACGUGUCUUGCCCAAGAAGACAGGUGUUCAGCUCGACCAUGAACAGAAAUUCGUUGACCACCAAGUGCAAGUAUGGUAAUUGGUCUGACGUGACUGUUUUUGGGAAGAAAUGCGAACAAGCACCAUGUGAUAAACUAGACGAAGCUUUCCACAGUUUGGAGUCGGUGACCUAUUCACCACCAGUCCUAUACAUACCUCCGAAUGAAUAUGUUCGCGAUGGAACAAAUGCCACUUUCUCAUGUAAACCGAAGUACGAAGUCUCUGAGAAUACAUUCGAUGGUCGGCGUCGAUGUGAUAACGGCAAUUAUAAUGGCCUUUCCCAUUCUCCAAUCUGUAAAGAAAAGGGCUGUAGAGUGCCGAGCCAUGCAGACAGAAGACAUGUCAUCAAUAACAUUCUGUAUCACCCGUUCGACCGGUAUUUCAAUCAUAGGGCAUCAAUCAAUAUUGCAUGUGAGGAUGGUUUCGUGCUGAACUCGUCGAAGACCAAUCCACCAAUUACCACACAGUGUAAUUUCGGAAUAUGGACGUUUCCAGGAGCGUUUCGUGAGCAAUGCGUUGAAGCCCCCUGUGCAUUAUCAAAAUGGCAGAAAGAUGGAGUGGCGGUUACCAACGCUCAUGAUACAAUCAGAAUAGACGCCAGAGAAUAUGUGGCGCAUGGGAGUGAAAUUGAUGUUGGUUGCAGAGGGACGCACUAUCUGGCUCGAUGGAGAUAUUCUGUGGGGCGUUAUGCUUAUUCUUUUGAAGCGACUGGUACAUCAACAAUCCGUGUAACCUGUCAAAAAGGGGCAUGGGAGCCAACAGAAACGGUGAUAUCAUGCAAGCCAAGAGAAUGUCGCUUACCGACAGACUACAACCAAGAGCUGUUGUUCCGUCCCCAAUCAGCUUCCAUCGCACACGAUGCUAUAGUUUACGUGUCUUGCCCAAGAAGACAGGUGUUCAGCUCGACCAUGAACAGAAAUUCGUUGACCACCAAGUGCAAGUAUGGUAAUUGGUCUGACGUGACUGUUUUUGGGAAGAAAUGCGAACAAGCACCAUGUGAUAAACUAGACGAAGCUUUCCACAGUUUGGAGUCGGUGACCUAUUCACCACCAGUCCUAUACAUACCUCCGAAUGAAUAUGUUCGCGAUGGAACAAAUGCCACUUUCUCAUGUAAACCGAAGUACGAAGUCUCUGAGAAUACAUUCGAUGGUCGGCGUCGAUGUGAUAACGGCAAUUAUAAUGGCCUUUCCCAUUCUCCAAUCUGUAAAGAAAAGGGCUGUAGAGUGCCGAGCCAUGCAGACAGAAGACAUGUCAUCAAUAACAUUCUGUAUUACCCGUUCGACCGGUAUUUCAAUCAUAGGGCAUCAAUCAAUAUUGCAUGUGAGGAUGGUUUCGUGCUGAACUCGUCGAAGACCAAUCCAACAAUUACCACACAGUGUAAUUUCGGAAUAUGGACGUUUCCAGGAGCGUUUCGUGAGCAAUGCGUUGAAGCCCCCUGUGCAUUAUCAAAAUGGCAGAAAGAUGGAGUGGCGGUUACCAACGCUCAUGAUACAAUCAGAAUAGACGCCAGAGAAUAUGUGGCGCAUGGGAAUGAAAUUGAUGUUGGUUGCAGAGGGACGCACUACCUGGCUCGACGGAGACAUUAUUCGGGACGUUAUGGUUAUUAUUUUGGAGCGACUGGUACAUCAACAAUCCGUGUUACCUGUCAAAAAGGGGCAUGGGAUCCAACAGAAAUGGUGAUAUCAUGCAAGCCAAGUACGUGGACUUCAAUACACCGCCUCCAAUCUACUGAAAACAUUUUCCCAUAAGCAUACGCGAAAUACUAUAUUUUUCUCUCUUGAGAAAAAACCGUCACUGAAUGAUCAUUUUCGUUUUAAGAUUAUAAAUCUAUGUCAAGUAAACCUAAGCUCGACCACUUUGGCCCAAUUGAGCAUAGAACUAGCUUUAUCAUUAUCUCUUAUUUGUUUUGACCAAUCCUGCAAAUAUCAAAAUGAUAAUAAAUAAGAGAACCCAAUUGCAUAAGGAUUGAAUAAACCGUUUGGAAGGAAAAUCUAGCGAAACAUGUAAACAUGUUGUUUUAUAUAAAGUGUGCAAUGUGUAUGCUUUGUCGUCACUAGCCAGUGCAGAGGUUAAGUGUCAGUCCAUGAUACCACCAUGCAGAGGGUGGCAAGGUGGCGGUCAACCGUUUUUAACGAGAUUAGGUAUGCAAGAUCCUUCCACUAAGCCAUCAUUACACAGCAAUUGAUGACUCUCAAAAAUCACUAGCAACCGAGUUAGGGGCAGGCCUAGUUAGGGGGCUUAUUUUAGCUUUUUUCCCCCUAUUUUUUGUGUAUUUUUUUGUCAAUGUUGGGCACUCCUGCAGAGACUAAAAAAAAUAGCUGGAUUUUCCCCCUUUGUAUGAUGGAAGUAUUUGAUGAGAUCUUCCAUUCUGCAACAGGUCAUUGAGUAACACUUCAUACUUUGGUCGUGCUAGGCCUAGUAAUUAUGCAUACCUAGGGGCAGUGCUUAGGAAGAGCUCUCUAUCGACGCUCAUAUCUCCACCACUGCAGGUCUUUGAAUGCUGUGGCUUGCACAUGAUAAAGCAGAAGUGCUCAUUUCACAUACUAGUAACACCUUCCAUUGCUAAGGAGCCAAUUGACCAAAGGUGCAGUUCCUACUGUAAUUACUGUUUGAUGAGGACAACCCUGCAGUUGGCUGCACCGUCAAGAGUACUGCUUUUGGAAGUUUUUAGCUCCUUGGUUGGCGGUGAAAUGUUCUCCUGGAGUUGCUAUAGCAUUGGCUAAAUUGUACAUAUACAUGUACUGGAAUGGGGAAGUUUUUCAUGAACUGAGUUACGGUACUGUCCAGUCCCUUAGGGGAGAUCACAACUUUCCACAUGCUACACUUGUACCUGUCUGCAGAGGACAGUGCUGCCACCUAAGAAGCAGGGACACUUUUUUUUUACAAAUGGGUGAUUUAUUUACAAGCUAAUAUAAUGAUACAUAGCAAACAGGCUAUUUUGCAGACAAUAGCCAAACCACUACUAACCACUACUAGGGAGGGACCAAUACUAGUAACACCUCAUUUACGGUACUACAUGUCAGGCCCAAGUGCAGGAUAGUAUCAGGAGAGAGUCGCACUUUCCAGUAGCAGGCUUGGUUGUUCAAAACUGACAUUAGCGCUACUAAGUAUACUGACAUUAAAAAUCUAUCUUGGCAUUUACAAUUGUUUACUGAAAGCCAAAGUUCAAAUUUAUCCCAAGAUAUCGCUAUAAAAUCAUUUUUUAACCAAGCCCCGCAUUUUACCUGAUAAACCAUCCGCUAGAUAUACUAGAACAUCAAAUCUGGAUGUCCUUCAUAUUGCAGGUUAUGUUAGUCAAGGGAGACAAAAACACAGCAUGUAACAGUUUUAGGAAAUUCACCAUGUAUUUUUUUUAGAAAAAGAGAGAUGUAUUGUAGAAUGCGAACAAUGCAUUUGCAAUCAAUGGCGUGGAAAAUCUCAGGUCAAGCCUGAUGAAUGUACAUCCAAUAAAGUCGUACCCUUUCAUUCUAAAUCAAGAAUUCUUGAUGUGUAGCUGACAACUUUC